UGAUUUUUGACAGUAAUCAUUAAAUCGCACUUGUCAAAACAACGUCUUCAAAAUUGUUUAUUUUAUUACUAAACUGUGAUUUGUAAAUAUUUUGCCAUGAGCAGAGUCAACAAACUACGUUAAUUGUAAAACAGGUCGAAUUUCGAGUGCAACACAAAUGUUAUUGGUGAAUAUCGUGACCUUUCGAAAGUUGCACAAAGAAAAAUAUGGAAAAAGAAUUUGUUUAUAUUAAAGUAUUAUAUUGUUACUAACACUUAGGCUGUAGUGUAUGCUAAAUAAUAACAGAAUGAGUCAAGCAAAGAAAAAAGAUGGGAAAGUGACUUUGGGCAUGUUAAAAGGAAAACCUAUGACGACGUCAGUACCGAGCAUAACAGUAAAAUUCCAUGCAAAUGCAGAGCAAAUAGAGGAGCUAUAUGCCAGUGAUGAUGAGGCUACAUCUCAUAGUGCAGCUGAAAGUAAAAGUACAAACGAUUUCGAUAGCAGCCCUUUUAAGUAUUUAAACCGGCUUGGAAAAAGGUCCACAAGUGUCGAUGUAUCUCCACAACCUAUAACUUUGGAGAAUUCGUCGCCGCCAAGCGACCCCUGGCGGUUUUUAAGCGAUAUCAGGGGUAAAAUUACUAAGAGUGUGGAAGAAAAAAUAACUGAAAUUAAGUCUAGGAACCAGGAUGAAGGUUCUCCAUUAAAAAAAAGUUCUGUUAAGGACAGUAAGGAGAAUUCCAGUGUGUCAGAUUCAGAGGAUUUGUCUGAAAGCAGUAUUUCAAAGACUUGUGGCAUAAAUUCCACUACUGAAGGCGCAGAAAUGUCGAGUGACGACGACACGCCAUCUAUCGAAAAGGACAAAAAGGAGGAAAAAAAGAAAAAGAAAAUACCGCACGCUUUUUCCCAGAGAUUCAGGUUCCUGAGGAAAACCGGUCCCAAAGAGGGGACGUUACACGUUAACUCUCUAUCCAAAAUUUACAACAUUAACGCUGAAAAAGUCGAUCAAGCUCUACCGGAGCACGCAGAGGAGGUCGAAAGCGCUGUCGAAGCCUUCGACGACUUCGAAGUGGAAACGAAAAGUGACGACAUCAAGUUAACCAACACAGACAUAAUAAAAAACGUGUCAGAUAAGAUAGACAACAUAGAAGUGGACAAGGACAACGUAGUGACCGUAAAAGAGGUCACCGGUAAAGAAAUCCGACAAAACUACUUGACCAAUGAAAAGUCGAGCGUAAUUUUCGCGCCUACCGGUCACGUCGACCUCCGCGAACCUCCAAAAACUCGAAAAACAAAAACCAACACCACGUACUACGUUCUCAUUGGUCUGGCGGUUGCGCUCUACGCCGCCCUGCAUUCCUAUUGGCCCUACUUCGCCGGCUUGAUGCUGGGUCUGUUUGUGGGCGGAGCCAUACAUUUUUUGACAGAAAAGCUCUCGAAAAGCGUCGCCAACUAUCAUCCGCAAAAAGUUACCAUGGAUUUUAUUGGGGGUAGAAAUAUCUUGGAGAUACCGGCUGUGAAGGAGUACCAACCCCUAACCAAGUUCGAGGGUUGGAUAAACGAAUAUCCCGACUCGUACAGCCCGAUCACCUACCACAUCUCCAAAACUCAAUCGGCUUACCUGAGGUUGCAGGGCAGCCUGCUGCGGAUAAGCCACGCCAAACAAAAGGUUCCCAAGAGGGCCAUGUGGAACGAGCCGGAGAUCAAGGCCAACCUGAUCCACCACAGGAUAUACAACCUGCUGGGCGCCAAGGUGUCCCUGAUGCCCGAAGGUCUGGCCAAAAUCAGGCACUGGAGCAAGAAAUACCCGAUUUGCGUCGCUCUCAGCAAAGAUCAGAUGCAUUUCGACAGCUUGGAGUCGGAGGAGGACGACGAGCUCAAUAAGAGCGGGGGGAAAGAGGAGAAGGAAAAGGUUGUGGAGAAAAAGGAGAAGAUUGGGUUUAUGUUCAAGAAAAAGGAAUUUCAUCUGCCGGCACAAAGGUUUAGUAAGUUAACUGAAGAAGAUUACGAUCUUGAGAGCGACUCCAGAGCUAGCUCGCCAUCACCAGAUUUUUCGGAUCUUCCUCAAGACGAACAAGUUGAUAGCAAGUUGAAUGAAGAUUUAAUCGACUUUGACAUCAUUUCCUCGAAUAACGAAUCAUCAGCGACACCUGAUGACAGUCCUACAGAGAACAAAAUCUACAUUUUCGGUCGUACCGAUCGCGAGAAGGAGGAUUGGUUCAGGCGCCUUAGUGCAGCAACCCAUCACGAGUCCAACUUAUACGUGGAAGACAAAAACGAAGACUCCAAGGAAAAGGAAGUUGAAAACUCAAUGGAAAACGAGUACAACAAGUACAUGCAAGUGUUCAUAAGCAAGACCAAAAAAUCAUCGAACGGAAAAGCAAAGGACAAGGAUGCGGACACUCCUGAAGAACCUCUGGAAGAACCCAGACUCGACUUGGUACUAUGGCUGAACGCCCUAAUCGGUAGAGUCCUCUUCGAUUGCAUGCACGAUCCAAACUUCACCCGCAAAGUCCAAAAUAGAAUCCAACGAAAAUUGAGUUCCAUUAAGUUGCCGUACUUCAUUGAAGAACUCCUAGUUACUGAAUUAUCAUUGGGCAAGACUUCCCCCAUCAUUCAUAAAGCGGCCAAACCCAUUUUGGACGAAAGAGGUCUCUGGGUUGACUUGGAUUUGACCUAUGAAGGCUCCAUUGUACUCACCUUACAAACAAAGUUGAAUUUGAUGAAAUUGAAGAACCCACAUGCAAAUGAUAAAACCUUGGGAGAGGUGAAAUCAGCCAUAUAUCAUUCAGAUGUGGAUGAUUCCGCUGAAAGCAGUUCUGAUGAGGAAGCUCCAAGUGAAAUACAAACAAACGCUGAAGCAGGAAACUCAGGUGGCAAAAAGUUCAUAAAAAUGGUCGAUAAAAUUACAGAAUCGAGGUUUUUCCAGGCCGCCACAGAAAAUAGGCUCAUCAAAAAGGCUAUGGAAGGAGUUUCCAACACCGAUUUACGGUUGAAAGUGGAAAUGAGGUCGCUAAUAGGUACCAUGGUGUUAAACAUGCCCACUCCGCCAAGCGAUAGAAUUUGGGUUGGAUUUAGGCCCACCCCUGAUAUUAUAUUGUCUGCUCAACCCAUAGUGGGGGAGCGGAAUAUUACUUUUAUGUACGUUACCAGCUGGAUUGAGAAAAAAUUACUGCAAGAAUUCCAGAAAAUAAUGGUGAUUCCAAAUAUGGAAGAUUUUAUAAUCCCUGUGAUGAAUCCAAAGUUACCAGAGUAAAGAAAAAUGUUUCUUAUGAAAAAAUGUGAGUGAUAAAUAGUGCAGGGCCGUAUUAAAAACUAUCUAGUCUGUUUAAAAAUUUACACAACUUAAAGAAAACAAAAGUUUAUUAUUAUUGAUGCUGUUGUUAUAUUUCUUAAUAGGUGUGAGGUCCCAUAUUUCAAGGGAUUUUUUCUAUGUGUAGUUUAAUAGUUGAUGGUUUUAUACAAAAAUAACUAAAAAAUGAACGUUUAAUUGCUGUCAAGAAGGAAAAUAUAGGCUGAAAUAUUUCUAUACAAAAAAUGUUAUUUAAAUGUUAGAAAAAAAUUACCAAUAUUUUGUUUUGUUCUUCCCUACUCUUCCAUUUUUUUGUACAGAAUUUUGACAUCACUUAUAUUGAUUUGCAAUAACUUGAGCCAAAUUAAAGAUAAUCACGUUUUAUUUACAUAUAUUAGGCUGUGAUAAAAAAUCAGUUACGUAUUUAUAUUAGAACUUGCCUUUUUGUUAUUUUGAUAAUUUUAUAUUAAUUUUAUUUGUGUUUGUAUUUUAAACUAUUUUUAAUGUCAGUUGAUUUUGAUAAUGUUUUAUUUAUUGAGUUUUAUCCUAUAAAAAGUGUAAAAAAACGAGUGUUUUAUUUUAAGUUAUUUUUAUUACGACAAAACUAAAGGACUUUGCAACCUAUGGGCUUUAAGACAAUCUAUGCUACAAAAUCGGUUACCCAAGUACUCAAACGGAACUUUACCCGACAUAUCAGAAGCACAUAGGAAACAUCUGCUUAUCACGACUCCUGAUUGGUUUAAAAUCCUUCUUUCGGCAGCCAGCGCCCUCUGCAAUGUAAAAGUUGUUGUUGAAGGUUAUAAUUAGGGUUUUUAAUUUUUUACCAACCUUUUCUCUAUCGCUUAGUUGUAAGAAACGAUCUUUUUCGUGUUGUUCUUUUUUCUUCACUUCAUUCUCUUUCUUCUUUUCCUUCUCCUUUUCUCUCUUCAGUUUUCGUUGAUUUCUUUUUUUGUCAGCAAUUUCGUCCUCCGUUAAUGUAUUUAUGGGUAUUUGUGCCUAAAAAAAUACAUUAAGACAUAAUAAACUAUUUAUUAACAUUACUUUAUUAUAGUUGUAUUUUUCUGGAUUGUCCCUAGCAAAUUUCCUUAGUACGUCCCUGAUUUCCUUGCUUUGUGUACACGUAUAAGCCGUGUGUUGAUUUUUAUUUUUUCUGCAAGGAUCAGCGCCAUUUUGCAGCAAAUAUUCCAUAAUUUCUUCAUGUUCAUUCAAAGCAGCGACAUGUAGAAGACUGUUACCAGAAUCGUCCAAAAUUUCAUUGAAAAAGUCGUUUUUAAGUUGCUCUGGAGAAGGUUUUUCUUCAUUAUCUUCGUUUUGGUCUUUAUGGAGGUACUCCUCAAGUUUUUCUUUGAGUAUAACAAGGUUUCCUUGAAACAAAACGUCCAGAAUUUUCUUUUUAUAAAGCUCCGUCUUCUCACGCAACUUUUUCGCUUUACUUUUCUUCGGUUUCUUCUUUUUGCUUUUCUUCGCAAAAACACGCGUGUCCUCCAAACCCUCCAGCAGCUCUUUAAAGUCCACCGUCUCCUCAACAAUUUCGUAUGUUGAGUCGUUCAAAUCUUCACAAUCGGAAGAAUCGGAUAAUUCUUCAACUGGAAGAGGUCUAUCCACGCGUUCCCUGGAUUUAGCUCUAUUGAUGCAAGCGGACUUGGCUCUAGCUUUCUUAGGAUCAGUUUCCGGGGUUUUUUGUUUGCCGAAAUGAAGCUGGGCUUCAUCCAAGGACUC